GGUGGAAAGCCUGGACGCAAAGCUCCCACCGGGUGCACAGCGGCGUCCCCAGCCCCUGGCCGGAGCGCGCGCCACGGAGAGUCGGAGCGGCGGCGCUCGCCUGCCCACACCUGCCUGCCGUCGCAUCCCCAGUCUGCCAAGGUGCGACCGCGCCCCCGGCGCGCCACUCAGGGGCCCUGCCGGUAGCCUCAUAGUCGCCAGGCACAUCCCGAGAGACCCUACUGCUCUGAAGCAGUGGAGCCCGGUACAUAUCUCACGGACUAGGAACCUGACCGUCUACUUGGGAGAAUCCUCUCCUUUCUCUGAGAGGGAAAGAUGUCGAAUGGGUGUUCCUUAGACAAGAGUUUCCGGUAUCUCAUCUCGUGCUUCAGGGUCAGACUGAAAAUGUACAUCCAGGUGGAGCCAGUGCUGGACUACCUGACAUUCCUGCCAGCAGACCUUAAGGAGCAGAUUCAGAAGACGGCUGCCACCACCGGGAACAUACACGCAGUUGAACUGCUUUUGAGCAACUUGGAGAAGGGGUCCUGGCCCCUGGGCUGGACUAGGGAAUUUAUGGAGGCCCUCCAGCAAGCGGGCAACCCUUUAGCCGCCCGCUACAUGAACCCUGACCUCACCGAUCUGCCCUCGCCGUCAUCUGAGAACGCUCACGAUGAGUGUCUCCAACUGCUGAACCUCCUUCAGCCCACUCUGGUGGACAAGCUUCUGGUUAGAGAUGUACUGGAUGAAUGCGUGGCAAAUAACCUGUUGACAACUGAAGACAGAAGUAGGAUUUCUGCUGCAGAAAACCAUGGAAAUGAAUCAGGUGUAAGGGAGCUACUGAAAAGGAUCGUGCAGAAAGACAACUGGUUUUCUACAUUUCUGACGAUUCUGAAUCAAACAGGAAACAACAACCUUGUCCUAGAGUUAACAGGCACCAGUAGCUUUGAAAGCAAUGCAGAGAUUGAGAAUUUAUCACAGAGAAAUGGUCCUGAACCUAAAGAGCCACUUCUUCCUGCCACAGAUCAGCCAAGUUCCGAGUACGAGCACUGGGACAUGGAGAAUAAUUCAUCAGAAUCGUCUUUUGCAGAUUCUUCUGUAGUUUCAGAAUCAGACACAAGUUUGGCAGAAGGAAGUGUCAGCUGCUUAGAUGAAAGUCUUGGACAUAACAGCAACAUGGGCAGUGAUUCAGGCACCAUGGGAAGUGAUUCAGAUGAAGAGAAUGAGAUGAGAAGAGCAUCCCCUGAGCCUGAGCUGCAUCUCAGGUCUUACCAAAUGGAAGUUGCCAAGCCAGCCUUAGAAGGGAAGAAUAUCAUCAUCUGCCUCCCUACAGGGAGUGGGAAAACCAGAGUGGCUGUGUACAUUGCCAAGGAUCACUUGGACAAGAAGAAAAAAUCAUCUGAACCUGGAAAAGUUAUCGUCCUUGUCAAUAAGGUACCUUUAGUUGAACAACUAUUCCGCAAAGAGUUCAAACCAUUUUUGAAGAAAUGGUAUCGUACUAUGGGAUUAAGUGGUGAUACUCAACUGAAAAUAUCAUUUCCAGAAGUUGUCAAAUCCUGCGAUGUUAUUAUCAGCACAGCUCAAAUUCUUGAAAACUCCCUUUUAAAUUCAGAAAAAGGAGAAGAUGCUGGUGUCCAGUUGUCAGACUUUUCCCUCAUCGUCAUUGAUGAAUGCCAUCACACCAACAAAGAAGCAGUCUAUAAUAACAUCAUGAGGCGCUAUUUGGAACAGAAGUUGAAAAAUAAUAGACUCAAAAAACAAAACAAACCAGUCAUUCCUCUACCUCAGAUACUAGGAUUAACUGCUUCACCUGGUGUUGGAGGGGCCAGAAAACAAGCCAAAGCUGACGAACACAUUUUAAAAAUAUGUGCCAAUCUUGAUGCAUCUACCAUUAAAACUGUGAAAGAAAAUGUUGGUGAACUCAGGGAACACAUAAAGGAGCCUUGCAAGAAGUUUGCAAUUGCAGAUGACACCAGAGAAGACCCAUUUAAAGAGAAACUUUUAGAAAUAAUGACAAAGAUUCAAACUUUUUGCCAAAUGAAUCCAAUGUCAGAUUUUGGAACCCAACCCUAUGAACAAUGGGCCAUUCAAACGGAAAAAAAAGCUGCAAGAGAAGGAAAUCGCAAAGACCGUGUUUGUGCAGAGCAUUUGAGAAAGUACAAUGAGGCCCUACAAAUUAAUGACACAAUCCGAAUGAUCGACGCAUAUAAUCAUCUUGAAACUUUCUAUAAUGACGAGAAAGACAAGAAGUUUGCAGUCCUAGAAGAUGAUAGUGAUGAGAGUGGUGACAGUGGUGAUGAUGAUGGUGGCAAAGAUGAAGAUGCUGAAAAGAAGCCUUUGAAACUGCAUGGGACAGAUAGAUUUCUUAUGACUUUAUUUUUUGACAACAGGAGAAUAUUGAAAAAGUUGGCUGAAAACCCACAACAUGAAAAUGAAAAACUGGAGAAAUUAAGAAACACCAUAAUGGAACAAUAUACUAGGACUGAGGGAUCAGCCAGGGGAAUCAUUUUUACAAAAACACGACAGAGUGCAUUUGCCCUUUCCCAGUGGAUCACUGAAAACGACAAAUUUGCAGAAGUCGGAGUCAAAGCCCACCACCUAAUUGGAGCUGGACACAGCAGCGAGUUCACGCACAUGACACAGAAUGAACAAAAAGAAGUCAUUAGUAAAUUUCGCACUGGAAAAAUAAAUCUGCUUAUCGCGACCACAGUGGCAGAAGAAGGUCUGGAUAUCAAAGAAUGCAAUAUCGUCAUCCGCUAUGGUCUCGUCACUAACGAAAUAGCCAUGGUCCAGGCCCGUGGUCGAGCAAGAGCUGAUGAAAGCACCUACAUCCUUGUUGCCCCCAGCAGUUCAGGAGUUGUUGAACGUGAAAUAGUUAAUGAUUUCCGAGAGAAAAUGAUGUAUAAAGCUAUAGACCGUGUUCAGAAUAUGAAACCAGAGGAUUAUGAUCAUAAGAUUUUGGAAUUACAGAUGCAAAGUAUAAUGGAAAAAAAAAUGAAAAUCAAGAGAAGUAUCACAAAGCAUUACAGGGAUAAUCCAUCAUUAAUAACUUUCCUCUGCAAAAACUGCAGCGUGCUAGUGUGCUCUGGAGAGGACAUUCACGUAAUUGAGAAGAUGCAUCAUGUCAAUAUGACACCGGAAUUCAAGGAACUCUACAUUGUGAGAGAAAACAAAGCAUUGCAAAAAAAGUUUGCCGACUAUCAAACAAAUGGUGAGAUUAUCUGCAAGUGUGGCCAAGCUUGGGGAACGAUGAUGGUGCACAAAGGUUUAGAUUUACCUUGUCUGAAGAUAAAGAAUUUUGUGGUCGUUUUCAAAAACAAAGCACCUAAGAAACAAUACAAGAAAUGGGUAGAAUUACCUAUCACAUUUCCUGACCUUGACUAUUCAGAGUGUUGUUUGUUCAGCGAUGAAGAUUAACAUUCAAUUCAAGAUUCUUUUAAAAUAUUAUCAGCCUAAUAUUUAAUAUUAUUUUGAUUAAUGUUUUUACUGUAAUACAGAGUGAUGUGAGAAUUAAUAAAAUCUUUACUUGAACUUGCACUGAAGUCCUUUUAAAAAGGCAGUAUAUCAUGCUUGCAAUUAUCCAUCUUCUUGGUGGGGUAAAGAAUAUCUACUAAUAAUAUUCAUUUGUGUGGGGGACGUUAUGAAACUGGAAAUAAUGCUGGCAUAUACAUGAAGAUCCUAGGUACCAAUCUCAGUCCUGUCACUAAUUUCCAAAAUAAAAUUAAGCAAAUCAGUUCAUCUUUCUGUCUCAGUCUCUUUAUCUGUGGGAAGGUUAUAAUAUUAUCGGCCUUUACAUAUAUCAGUUGUCUAUUGCUAUAUACAAAUUAACACAAACUUAGUGAUUUAACACCCCAAAUCCAAUCCAUUGCCAUCAAGUUGAUUCUGAGUCAUAGCGACCCUAUAGGACAGAAUAGAACUGCCCCGUAGGGUUUCCAAGGCUGUAAUCUUUUAUGGAAGCAGACUGCCACAUCUUUCUCCCAUGGAGCGGCUGGUGGGUUUGAACUGCCAACUUUUCAUUUAGCAGGUAAGCAAUUAACCACUGUGCCACCAGAGUUCCUUGUGGUUUAACACAACACCCAUUUAUUAUCACAUAUUUUCCGUAGGUCAGAAGUCCAAGCAGGAGCCUCUGCUCGGGGUCUCACAUGGCUGAAAUCAAGAUGUCAGCCAGACUGUGUUCUCAUCUGGAGGCACUGGGGAAGAAAUCUACUUCCAAACUCAUUCAAAUUGUUGGCAGAAUUCAUUUCCUUGCAGCUGUACCCAUGAGGUCUCUGUUUUCUUGCUAGUUGUUGAGUGGAGAUCACUCUUAGUGCCUAGGGCUGUCAUUACCACAAAGCCCUUUCACAGCAUGGCUGUUUGCUUCUUCAAGGUCAGUGGGUUCAAACUGAUGACCUUUUGGUUAGUAGCCUAGUGCUUAACCACUGUGCCACCAGGGCUUCUCCUUAGGUGCAUUAUAUAGAUACAAUUUUAAUUUGGCCUUUCUCUUUCAGAAUAAUAUAAUGUUGCUGUAUUGACCCAGACAGAAACUGCCUGAAAAAGAAAUACAGAAACAUAUUGGGCUGUAGCAUGUCAAUAGUAAUUUAUAUCUAGCACGUGAUAAUGGUUGCCUGUUACUUUUUUCUUUGUUCUUGUAUUACCCAAGAAACAUGAAAUACACAUGAAAACAUUGCAGAUAUUCCAUAAAAAUCUCAUUUGAAGAUGAAAUGCGGACAGUGGUGAGCCC